UUGAACAACUGUCGGACAAGUGCUUAGACAUGGGCGACGAUAUCGUUCCUCACUUCUUGUGGGCCCAGCCCCUUGCAUGCAGUUGUCACUUCAAUGACAUGAGCAAAUGUUCUGUUCGGCGUUGGAGAUGCUUUUUUAUAUUUGUCCUCAUCUCUCUGCGCGUUCGAAUCAUCUUUAUCGAUAAUUUCAACGUAUUUAAUUUUUACAAUUGCAUAUGACGUCAGCACACACCCUUUUAACCUACGCUGUCAUGUCCAAUAACCGUGGUGAGCGAGGGUCAUGGCGUGGACGAGCCACGCGAAGCGUUACUGGGAAUCUAAGACGACCGAUGGAAUAUAUACCUUCAGUCAGCCGGAGUAGCGGCCUAGACAAGGAUGGAGACGUGCUGAAGGAUUUCAAAGUGCAAGAAGAAUACCGAGAGUUUAUACAGGAAAAGCUGAAUGAUGUUUGGAAGCGGUUCAUUCUCGGGGACAACCAGACAGAGAAACAACGCACAGACGCCCAGGAGAACAUAUUAAUUCUCUUCAGAAAGCUCAGAGAAGGCAUAUAUGCCUGCGGAAGAAAAGACGGCUUUGCACUAGAAGCAUAUGAAACUUCCUUCCAUCUAGCCAUUCUUUUCAAUGUUCACCGUCAGAUUGGCUCCAUCAUCCCUCAUCUUUUCGUCGACCUCUUACCCGCCAAUGUCUCCGAUGAAAAGGAUCCGUCCGUUACCAUCCUCGUUUGUCUUUUGUACCACCUCGUCGCCGAAUACCCUUCUCAGAUCACAUACCGGCAUUUCCUCGAUUCCUUACCCUCAGUGUUCAAGUUCAAGGAUACACCCGCCCAUGCUUGGAUCAAAAACCUAUCUCAGUCCAUACGAACGCGCAAUUACGUCCAUUUUGAAUCUUUAACGCGCCAGUCCGCCCUGGUUGGUCUUGUUGGGGACAGAUGUUCAGAUCCGGCCGCUAUUCAGCAUGUCGAGCACCUAGCAUUCUACUCUUUGGUCGAUUCGUUGCAUUCUCGCAAUCGAUCUACGACUUGGACAGUGCUACGAUCUGCAUAUCGAGAACUAUCGAGUCAUCCCGAGUCGGAAACGCGUGCGUGGCUAACCAGGACUCUUGUCCUACAUCUCGUCGCGUCCUCGAAGGUUGUCACUGAUUUGGAUGGCUGGUUGGAAUCUGAAAGCCUUCUAGGUCAUAUUCGCCGGAAGGAAGGUAUUGAUGGACGUUGGAUAGUUUGCAAAGUUCAAUAACGCAAAAUAUCAACUGUACAACAAUUUCUAUACAUUUACCUUGUUUACCUAUUGA